AUGGACGAAAUGCGUCUCCUCACGAGCUGCGGGGAGAAGCUCGCGGCGCAUAUUGAACCCGCCGAGGUUCGCCUAGUAACGAUGCAGAGUGAUGCAUAUACUUGGAUCCACACAACUGAAGUUGCACACCUAUUUUCCAAGGAUUUGGCCGACCACGGAGUCACAGCGUAUCGACGACUCUAUCAGGAGGUGGGGCAGAGUUUUCACGCAGUGACAUUUACGAACAAGGCCACUGUCGUUGGCCAAGCCAGCUCAGCUCCCUAUGUCUCGUCGUGCGGCCCGCCAACUCACAAUAUUUCGACGGCCCAGUUGGAGAAAAUGAGGCGCAAAGACCUGAUUCAAUACGUCUCAUGCAUGGGUCAACAGCUAUCCCAGAUGGAGGAGAAGGCCGCUGUCGAAGCUGCCGCGAUGGUGCGCAUGCAGCAAGAUGCGGAAACACUGCAGCACGACAACGAACGUCUCGCCCAGGAAGUCAGACAACAGUCGGAAGAUGCAAGAUACCACCGCAACUUCUACUACAAGCUUCUAGAGAGUACAUGCCAGUUGAAUUCAUCAGUAGAGGAGAUUCAACAGGACUACAUGAGAACCAUCGACAUCAGCAUGUUCCCCAAAGAUGAGUUCUUGAUUUUCUAG